CGGUCUGAUUUAGUGGGGCCGAGGCAAAAAAGACGAAAUGUAAGUGAAGCGGUUCGUGAUAGUUACAUGACAACUGACGUGCACUUAACUUCCUAUGAGGUUGACCAUAGUGCUGGUGAAAAUCAUCUCGCUGUAGUUUCUCGUGUGAAAUUGAACACGGUUGAAGAUCUGCAAAGUGAAACAAGUAAUUUUUAUGACGGUGAAACCAAUUGGGUGUCCAGUGAUAGUGAUGUUGACAAUGACGGUGGCUUAGAAACGUUGUCUACAACUUUGUUAGACGAAAAACUAAUUUUUCGACAGACGAAGACCAUUAGUUUUUUCCGUGAGCAGCUGGCAUCAUGGGUGGUCGAUCGUCAAGUGAAUCAAAGUUAUGUUGACAAAUUACUUUUCAUUCUAAAAACAAUUUCUGAAAGCCAUUUAUUAGAUCUUCCAGAAACAUGUCGUUCAUUAUUACAUACUUUUCGAAAAACCCCGUUAAAAAUAGUCGACCCGGGCCAUUACCAUCACUUGGGAAUUGGUAACGGCAUUUUGCAAAUGCUUUUCAAAUUGAAAAUCAUAAAUCUUUCCAAUCCUACAAUUAAACUCAUUGUUAACGUUGAUGGCAUUCCCAUUGCAAAGAGCUCCGGCAGUCAAUUCUGGCCUAUAUUAGGCCUCAUUGUUGAUAUUUUAAAUUCAAAACCAUUUCUCAUUGGCAUUUACCAUGGUCACAGUAAGCCAAAAAACGCCAACUUGUUCCUUGAAGAUUUUGUAAACGAAAUGUUACAAUUGACAGAGUCAGGGCUUGUAAGUAACGGACAAAAUUUAAAAAUUGCAUUGUUGGGUUUCGUGUGUGAUGCUCCGGCAAGAGCAUACAUAUCGGCCACCAAGUCUCACAGUGGCUAUUCGAGCUGCUCAAAGUGCAUCGAAGAGGGUGAUUGGGAGGGGAAGGUUGUUUUUUUAAACGAAAACGCACCACUUCACAGUGAUGCAACGUUUAGAAAACGAGAACAUGAAGACCAUAACACUGGAAAAACAAUAUUAGAACGAUUGCCCAUUGACAUGGUUCAGUCCUUCCCUCUUGAUUACAUGCAUUUAGUUUGCCUCGGGAUAAUGCACAAGUUGCUUUGGGCUUGGAUUCGCGGUUCUUUAAAAUGCCGAAUUGGUCUCAGAAGUGUUAACAAGAUAUCGAAUUUUUUGUUAGUGAUUUCUAGCUAUAUUCCUGCCGACUUUGCGCGUAAACCCAGGUCCCUUUGCGAACUAGCAAGAUGGAAAGCCACGGAAUUACGUCAAUUUCUUUUGUACACUGGUCCCGUCGUCUUAAAACCAAUUUUACCGAAACCACUCUAUUUGCAUUUUUUAUUACUACACACAGGUAUCAAGAUAUUGACUCACAAAUUGUUAAGCCAACAAUUUAACGAUUACGCAAAACAAUUACUUGUCCAAAAUCUUGCUGUAAUUUAAAACCUUAUACUGCUGCUGACUGCUGUGUAAUUCUUCAUGGCGAGACUAUUGUAAAAAUUUGCAAUUUUGUUAAAAACGAGUCGGGAAUAUUUUUUGUCGGUCAACAGUUUAAAGUAAAAAAAAAUCUGUUUGACUCGCCUAUUGAGUCAUCGUGACUUGGCAUUUAUGUAG